UGGGCGCCCUUGUCGCUCUCGCGACACUUGUGUUCUUAAAGUUGCCAAUCUAGUCAAAAUACACGUUAUCACACUACAAUCAACUUGCGAACAGAGCUUGCGCAUUACCUUACGCAUUAUUGAAAGCUGCUGUAGCAUUCACUAUCCCUUAGACUUUCCUUUUUACAAAUUUCUUAUUCUUAUUCAUUUUUACCUUAAUAAUUAUUUGAAUGAACUUCUAAACAUAACGCGUAAUUGAUGUGAAGAAGAAUUAUUUUAAUGUAAUUGAAAUUUAAUAUCCAUAAAAUAAUUUCAAUUACAAUAAUUUAUCAAAUUUAAUUAUAAAUGUUAAUAAUUAGAUACUCGAAUCAAAAAGUAUUAAAGAUUGAAAUAAUGUUUCAAAAACUAAAUCAAUUGCUAUAAGCAAGAUCAUAAAUAUAAUUUAUAGUUUAAGAUGUAGUUAUAAAACUACUGUACAUAUGUAUUAUCAGAAUGGAUGUAGUGGCCACAAGUUUAGAAGCUUUAUUACAAAGAGUGAUUAAUGUUCAAAACCAGGAAAUUGAUACUGCUGCGGUUGAUGCAUUUUGUGCUAUAAUUACUAAAGAAGUCGAUAGCAUCCCCUUGGCUACCAAACUUUUAGCAUUUUGGAUCCAGUCUAUAAUUGAAAGACAGGCUCUACAAGCUUUAACACUUUUAGAUACUUGUAUGCAGAGAUGUGGACCAUUAUUCGUUUCGGAAGUAGGAAAAUUCCGGUUUCUGAAUGAAAUGAUAAAAUUAGUUUCACCAAAAUAUCUUGGUACCAAAACACCAAUAUCAGUACGAGAGAAGGUAUUCUGUUUAUUGCAGCAAUGGAUAAUAAGUUUUCCUCGUGAAACUAAAAUUAAGGAAGCAUAUGAUAUGUUAAAAAAGCAAGGAGUGAUUAAGGACGAUCAUUAUAAUUUCAUUAAUUAUUCUGGAAUAUUAAACCAGUCAAACAAAAUAAAAAAUCCUAUUUUUGACGAUGAAGAGAAGGCAAAACUUUUACAAAACCUCUUAAAAAGCAAAAAUCCUAGUGAUUUACAUGCCGCAAAUCGUUUAAUUAAAACUAUGGUUAGAGAAGAUGAAAAAAGAACUCAACAAGAAUUACGUCGAGUCAUGGACUUGGAAUGCAUUCAUAAUAAUGUUAAAUUACUAUCGGAUAUGCUAGAAUCGUACAUACCAACUCAAUGCAAGAAGGAUGAUAUUGAAUUAAUGAAAGAAUUAUAUGAAGCUUGCGAGCAUUUACGACCAACUUUGGAAAGGCUUGCUGAAGAAACACAAAACGAUGAAGUAAUGCUACUUGAUAUUGUUAGCGCCAGCGAGGAUUUAGAAAAGGUUUGUAAUAAAUAUGUACUAAAGUUACUGCCAGAUCAAGCUUCACAUUUAUUAGACAGCACUACAGAGACUCAAGAUACGCUACUAGAUCUUAGUAGUCCGGAAACAGUAAGAUGCUCAAAUACUGACAAUAUUAACAGCAGCAAGGAAUAUGAUGACUCUAUUAACUGUCAGUCUGAUAUUGAUCUUCUAAAAGAUAUUUUUGAAUGUCCUAAAAGCCAAGAAGUAUCCUUUCAAUCAUUGGAUGCACAACUUAUGCUUUCGAAUGCACCAAUAAUGCAACCAAUUAACAUUAGAGACACAACAAGUAAAGAUAUUCUAGAUGAAACUAUGACACAGCUACAUAAAUUUGAAGAAAAUGUUUUAAAAAAAAGUUCCGAUAUUAAAAUUCACAAUCCAUCAAUAUCUGGUUGUGAUAAAAUAUCAAUAGCAUCUAUUGACACAUUACUAAAUAAAUCCGAUAUUCAGUCUUUUACUGGAGUAAAUUUUAUGACUUGCAAGGAAGAUAAUGAAAGUGCGGAAGAAUUAGAAAGUGCAUUUGGCAAUGCAAAAUGUAAGAAUCGCAAAAAAACAAAUAGAUUAGCCGUGAAAACUCUUGGAAAGGAAUUUGAAAUUGAAUCUCUUGCUCAUAUAAAUAUUAACUUAGAGACUAUUACACCAGGAAAUAUACCUCCAGUGACCGUUAUUGAUAAGCGCAAUGGAAUAACUGUACUAUUACAUUUUGCUAAAGAUAGUCCAAGAUUCGACGUAUCCGUUAUCGUAGUUACUACAAUGAGCACCAGCAGUAAACCUCUUAAUGACUAUUUAUUUCAAGCAGUUGUACCAGAAAAAUGUAAAUGCAGACUGCAGCUACCUUCAACAACUAAGUUACCAGCGCAUAAUCCGUUUUUACCUCCAUUAGCAAUCAGUCAAAUAAUGUUAAUAGCAAACCCUUAUAAGGAAAAACUAUCUUUGAAGUUUAUGCUUAGCUAUUCCAUGGAUGGUGAAACAAUCACUGAAAUGGGUGAAGUCGAACAGCUUCCACAAAUGUAAUACAUCAUGCUUUGAGUCACAAUCAUGAUAAUAAAAAUGUAUUUAUCUGUUUCA